UUCAUUUUUCAUUAUAUUUAUUUAUUUAUUAUCCUCUAAACUCAAAAAAGCUUUAUUUUUUUCUUCCUUCGCUUUCUCAUACAAACACAACACAAAAUAGUUUCCUCUGUUAAACAAAAAGUCAAGAAAAGAACUGUUUUGUGCUCUCUUUUUUUUUUGUUGUUGCCCAUGUUGUGCUUGUAGAUCUUGCAGAAGAUUCAAUUGAAGCUGUUCUUGAUUUUCCAGAGGAAAAUUAAGGAUUAUGUGCUUACCCUUUUGAAGUUUUUGUUCUUGGAUUUGAUUGGUGGGUUUUGCUAAGGUUGUUCUAGUGAUUACUAGUUCUGGGUCGGUUUGUAAAUUGUUGUGGUGAAGGAGGUGUUGGAAUAGAUUUUGGGGGUGUGAAAAAGGUUUGAAUUUGAAGUUGUUUUGGUGAUUUUGUUUUUUGAAGAGGUGAAAAAAGUUUGAAUUUGAAGUAGUUUUGGUGAUUGUUGUUGUAGAACUAGAAGGAAGUGUUGGAAUUGAUUUUGGGGGUGAAAAGGUUUGAAUUUGAAGUGAUUUUGGUGAUUUUCUUUUUUGAAGAGGUGAAGAAAAUUUGAAGUAGUUUUUGUGAUUGUUGUUGUUUUUUUGAAGUUUGAUUCUCAAUGGCUGUAGAGGAAUCUGAGAAAAUGAUUCCGGAGUUAGAAAGAGAGGAGGAUUUGAUUGCGGCAGCUCGGCAUAUUGUGGCGGCUCUAGGUUUGAAUAAGAAUCUUACUAGUGAUGCUAAGAAGAUUCUGGCUGAUCUUGGAUCGAAGUUGUCUUCGAUGAAUAUUACGAAUGAGAAGGAGGAAAGGAAGAUAGGGAAAAACGAGGAUGAUAACGAUGAGGGAGAGGAGGUGGAUGAUGAGGAGGAGGAAGAAGAGGGUGCCGGUGUUAUUGAAAAACGACUUGGUUUGAUCCAAGAGAAGAUAAUGAGAUGGGAGGAAGAUGAGUCGAUGAUUUGGGAUUCGGGACCGGAGGAAGCGUCUGAGUAUCUGAACGCGGCUAAUGAAGCGCGGUUAUUGAUCGAUAAGUUGGAGAGUAUGCAUUUGAGUAAAGAGGAUGAAGAGUAUAAGUUUUUGCAAAGGGCUCAUAGUGUUCUUCAGACGGCUAUGACGCGGCUCGAAGAAGAGUUUAGCAAUUUGCUUAUCCAGAAUAGGCAACCUUUUGAACCUGAGUAUGUGUCUUUUCGGUCGAGCGAGGAAGAUGGUGCCGAUGGGAAUUCAUUUGUCUCUUUAGGUGAUGAUUCCUUUGAGGAAUCACUUCGAAGAGAUAGUGUUAGCCGAGCCGCCGAGGAGCAUGUUAUCAAUUUAGUUCGUCCGGAUAUAAUCCCCGAUCUCAGGUGUAUUGCGAACUUGCUUUUUGCUUCGAAUUAUGCGAAGGAAUGUUCGCAAGUUUAUACCAUUGUUCGGAGAGAUGCUUUAGACGAGUGUUUGUUCAUUCUUGAAAUGGAAAGGCUUAGUAUCGAAGAUGUCUUGAAAAUGGAAUGGAAUACUUUGAAUUCGAAGAUCAAAAGAUGGAUUUGGGCCGUGAAAAUCUUUGUUCGGGUUUAUCUCGCGAGUGAAAGGUGGCUUAGCGACCAGAUUUUCGGAGAAGGCGAGCCUGCUAGUCAAGUUUCUUUUGUCGAUGUAUCGAAAACUUCGAUUUUGCAGCUUCUGAAUUUCGGCGAAGCGAUGUCUAUCGGUCCUCACAAACCCGAAAAAUUGUUUCGAAUUCUCAACAUGUAUGAAGUUCUCGCAGGCCUUAUGCCAGACAUCGAUGCUUUGUAUCCGGACGAGAUCGGUUCCUCGGUUAAAUUUGAAUGUCACGAGGUUCUGGACAGAUUGGGAGAUUGCGUGAGGAUAACGUUUCUCGAAUUCAAAAGUGUUGUCGAUUCCAAUCCGUCAACAACACCUUUAGUUGGUGGUGGAAUACAUCCUUUGGCGAGGUACGUUAUGAAUUAUCUUCGGGCUCUCGCCGAUUACAGCGAAGCGCUAAAUCAUCUUCUAAAAGACCAAGAAGAAGAGGAUGCCAUUUCUUCGUCGCCUGACACGAGUCCAGGUACCGAAGAAGAUAACCGAAGCCAAGGCUCUCCCGGUAGAUUUCCAUCGAUGGCGCGACAAUUCCUAUCGUUCGCUUCCGUCUUGGAAAACAAUCUCGAAGAGAAAUCGAAGUUAUACAAAGAAACUUCAUUGCAGCACUUAUUCUUAAUGAACAACAUCCAUUAUAUGGCUGAAAAGGUUAAAGGACCUGAACUUAGGAUCAUAUUCGGCGACGAAUGGAUUCGAAAACACAACUGGAAGUUUCAGCAGCACGCGAUGAAAUACGAGAGAGCCUCUUGGAGUUCAAUUCUCAGCUUACUUAAGGACGAAGGAAUUCACGCCCCCGGUUCAAAUUCCGUCUCGAAAACUCUUCUGAAAGAGAAGCUACGAAGCUUCUACCUCGGAUUCGAGGAUAUUUACAGGGUCCAAACAGGUUGGUCGAUCCCGGAUGUUCAGCUUCGCGAAGAUCUGCGGAUUUCGAUAUCGGUAAACUUGAUUCAAGCUUAUAGGACAUUUGUUGGAAGGCAUAGUAGUCACAUUAGUGACAGAAAUAUUAGAUACACUGCUGAUGAUUUAGAGAAUUAUCUUUUGGAUUUCUUUGAAAAUUCUCAAAAGUUGUUGCAAAAUCCUCUUAGGAGGUGAUAGCAUAUAGGUGAGAAUAAUCACUUUUUUUUUAAGUCUAACAAUGGAUUGUACUUGAAAACAAAACUUAGUGUGCAUUAUAUAUGUAAUUUGAUAAUCACUUUUUCAAUGUAUUCUUUAGAUUAUUUUAAUAUGAAUCAAUAUAGGAGUAAUAUAAAUUAUUUGUUGCUUUUUUCUUUGUAAUGUUUGUCUCCAAGAUAUUUGAUAUCUAGAAAAAUGUAGAUAAUCAUGUGCUUCCUA